GUAGAGGGGUCUGGUUGGUGAGGAGGAGGGGGUAAGUUGAGUUGGGACUCCGCUCCUCGGCUGGUAUCCCAGGAAUGUGUUGAUCAUGGCGGCCGCAGUGAAGCCCGUGAAGAGCGGACUGUUGGAGCUCCGCGUUACCGUGCACCACUGGAUCCGCGUGCUCGCCACUCUCAGCGAGGACUCGUUCACCGUGAGCCCCGGAGACACCGUCGAUGAGCCCGCGCCCGGUGGCGCUCUUAACGGCGAUCCGGCGAACCUCAGCGCCUCGCCGGUACCGGACACCAUCACGAACGUCAAACGAACCGUCAGAGUCACCAAACAAGAUGUUGGAGGACUCGGAAUAAGUAUUAAAGGUGGGAAGGAGAAUAAGAUGCCCAUCCUGAUCUCAAAGAUCUUCAAAGGACUGGCGGCGGACCAGACGGAGGCUCUUUACGUGAGCGAUGCCAUUCUGUCCGUCAACGGCUAUGACCUCAGAGAGGCCACUCAUGACGAGGCUGUUCAGGCCCUGAAGAAAACUGGCAAGGAGGUCAUUCUGGAAGUGAAGUAUAUGAAGGAGAUGUCAGGGUUUUUUAAGGGCGGAUCGACGACGGGACCCCCGGUUCUGGAUUCUCCUCCAGCCACCCCACAGAAACAGACAGACCCAGCGCUAAAAGAGACCCAGACCAUCCCGCUCCGAAUGUGUCACGUGACUCGCAAACAGUGUCCACCAGACACAGAGGACAGGUAUUUCGAGGUGGUGUCGUCAGACAGGAAGAAGUGUGUGUUUCUGCGGGCUAAAGAUCACGCCAUGGCUCAGGCCUGGUACAACAUCAUCCAGACGACCAGCGCAGUGUUACUGAGCAGCGCCAAAGCCCAGCUCACAGCCCUGCAGCCCGGUCUGGACAUCACACACAUCGGCUGGAUCAUCGAGCAGGGGUCAGAGCGGCCGAUCCUGGCGGUGUUGACGGACAGAGAUCUGCUGCUGUACACAUCUCUACCUGACAGCAAAGAGACGCUCAACAGCCCAGACAAGAGCUAUCCUUUAAUUACCACCAGGUUGGUUCACUCGGGUCCGGGCCGGACUUCAUCGGUGCACGACUCUGAGCUGACGUUCGGUCUGCGUUUGGGCAGUAAACAGGGAGUGGAGACACAUCUGUUCAGAGUCGACACAGCUAAAGAUCUGUCCAUCUGGACACAGCUGCUGGUGGAGGGAUGCCACAGCGCCGCUGAGCUCGUGCAGGAGGUCACCACAGCGUGCAGCUGGAACGGGAAGUCGUGUAUGUUGAGCGUUCACAUAGACAAGGGCUUCUCUCUGUUCACGGAGGAGUCCGGCGUCCGGAGGAACGUCCUUCUCCAGCAGCCCUUCGAGCGUCUGCGCAUGUCCUCCGACGACGGCGUCCGCAUGAUCUUCCUCGACUUCGGAGGACCAGACGCUGAGAUUCAACUGGAUCUUCAGUCCUGCCCUAAAACCAUGGUGUUCAUCAUUCACUCGUUCCUGUCGGCUAAGGUCAAGCGACUAGGGCUGUUAGCAUGAUGACCUUUAGUGACCGCUGCACAUCAAGCCAAAUCUUCCCUCACAGACUGUCAGCCAUUCACUGAUUAUUUCAUAACGCUGACCUUUCAUUCGUUAUCAUUUUAUUGGUUUGUAUCUCAAAUACAUACGCUAUGAGAGCAGCAACAGAAACACAACAAGAGAUUAACCUCUGUUCCACACCCUACAUAGGCAGCUGUCUACUAAGGGAGCGUCUAGACUGAACUGAUUUAUAAUACUGCAAUAGUACGUGUACAAAUCUGCAUAAAAUAGUGCAUUGUAAAACAAAAAAAAACCAAGCUUGUUGCAGUGCAUUCUGGGAUUGCCUUCAAUGCAGACUAUACUCAUGAUGCCUUAAAAGUGCUGUCUAAGAAGGCAGCUCACUAGGUUUUGGAACAGAGCUGCUCUGAUUGUGAAAAGGGCUGAGAAGGAAAAUCUUAUAUAACGGUUGUUUCUAACUUGACUUCCUUCUGACUUUAAAUAUAACCUUUUAAGAAACGUCGUCUUCCAGAAUAUCUGCUUGGAAACUAUGCAUCGAGAGACUCGACCGGCCAAACCCUUACGAAAGAUAAUAAAGGCUAUAUACUAUAUAGCGAAUGUUUUAUUAUAAUUACUAAACUAAACAACUAAAACUCUGAAAUGAGAAUCAUAAUUCAGAUUUAGAGUUGGACAAACCUUCACUGAAACUAGUUUAAAGUAGUAAUUAAUUUGAAAUGCCUGUGUUAUACUGACCUCUAGUGGACAUAAUGAGCAUUACACUAUGGCUGUGUUUACACUGACACACUGCAUACUAGAUUUACCACUGUUGAUGUUAACUUGGUGUUAAAUGAUGCACAAAUAAACAUAAAGUUAUAAAGUAAAUUCAGUUUUAGUUGAUUUAGUAAUUACUUUAAGACAGAACACACUGUGCUGAAUACUCUAUACUAAAAUGCAAUGCACCUGAUCUCCCUUAUCCAGAUAAAUGCACCAGAAAUAUCAUUUUUAGAUGCCUAAAAGUGACAUUUUUACACAUGCUUGCAUUAAUAAUUCAUUAUAACUUGUUGGAUAAGCAGAUGCUGUGUGCUGAAACAUGUUUAUUGUUUGAAACAGCAGGAAGUGUGCAGUAUUGCAUUGUAAACACAGCCUCUUUUAUGCAAUAUCAUCACGUUUUGUUAUUUUGUUAUAUCUGACUGAUUUGUUUGCGUGUUGAUGGCGCUCUGAUGUAUUCCUCACAUUUUUACCGUGGCGUUUGAGUUCUGCGACACGUGGACGGCGAUAUGCAAGUGUUUUCUGCUCAGAGAGGGACUUUUACAGCCGGAAAAUAUCCUUCAUGUGGCCUUUUUAAAGCUCUACUAAAUUUUAAUAUAUUAUAAUGCAAACUAAACUGUAGUCAAACUAUGUUAGCUAUCGGACGGGAAAUCAUAUUAUAUCCUUAUUUAAACAAAAGAGUGCCUUUUAGGGUUGUUUGUAUAUAAAACUGCAAUAAAUAUAACUGUUGACUUGA